CCGGAGCGGCCCGGGCGCUUCCGCCUGGAGCUGCUGGGGUCGGGAUCCGGGGUCGGCUUGGAGUGGCCCUUGGAGUCUGUCUCCUACACGGUCCGUGGCCCCAGCCAGCAUGAACUGCAGCCUCCAGGAGCACCCGGACCCCUCAGCCUGCAGUUCCUCAGCCCUCAGGAAGCUCAGCGGUGGGCAGCCCUGGUGCAAGGUGCCACCGCGGAGGGACAGAAUGGCAGUGGCAGCCCAGCCCUAGCCCUGGGUGCAGAGAAGUGCCCAACACCCACAGGGUCCCAACUCCUCGAGGUGGACCUUCCCCAGAGCCCUGGAGAAUUGGCUGAAAAAGAAGAGCUGGCCAAGCGCUUGGCCCAAGCUGUUGCAGGUGGGGACCAGAAAGGGGCAGCCCAGGUGGCAGCGAUCCUGGCCCAGCGUCAGGUGGCUCUCAGUAUCCAGCUCCUGGAAGCCUGCUUCCCACCGGGUCCGGUCAGGCUGCAAGUAACGGUUGAGGAUGCCACAUCUGCUGCGUCCUCUGCCUCUCCUGCCCACAUUUCACUCGAGAUCCACCCCCACUGCACCGUCGCAGCUCUUCAGGAGCAGGUGUUCUCGGAAUUUGGUUUCCCGCCAGCUGUGCAGCGCUGGAUCAUUGGGCAGUGUCUCUGUAUGCCUGAGCAUAGCCUUGCUUCCUAUGGGGUCCGGCAGGAUGGAGACCCUGCCUAUCUCUACUUGCUCACAGUCCCCCGAGAAGCCUCAGGAGGCGGUACUCAACACUCUCAGAAGAUGGACGAAGAACCAAGAUGCUUGUUUCCCCAGCCAGCAGGGCUACCCUCUGCCCCCAAGCCAGUGAGUCCCAGCCUCCCCAGUCCCCUUCAGCCUGGCUGGCCAUGUCCUUCUUGCACAUUCAUCAAUGCCCCAAGCCGCCCUGGCUGUGAGAUGUGCAGCACCCAGAAGCCGGGUGCUUAGGACCCCCUCCCUGCAGACCCCACCAAUGAGCCACAGGUUAUGAGAACAGAAACCUUUCAAAGGCCCAAGUCCCAGGACUACCUCCUGAAACUAAGGGAUCUCUACCAACUGCUUGCUGAGGACAGAGCCGCCAGGGAUGGGGGUGUAGGCUAUAAUAGCCAGUCAUUAAACACUUAAAAGCCA